CAGCAUGUGCUGUGUCUUUCUCUCAAAGCCCCACCACUCUCCUCUUUCGAGCACAUAAAUUCGUUACCUUCACAUUCUUGCUCUUCUCAACCUCUCUCUCUUUCUCAGAUCCUGAUCAUAUACCACUUUGCUUGGAUCUGUAACACUGCAACGUCACUCAUCAAACCUUACUCAUAUUAAUUUUCGCCAUCCUCUUCUCUUUGUUACAAGAAUUUCAUCAAGAAUGCGAAAUAUCAACUCGGUGAAGGAAGAAUUUCUGAAGAAAUGGAUAUGGGGUCUGAGAAAAUAUAGCUCUCAGAAGAAGAACAUGAGUCUGAUGGAGAGAAAGAAAGCCAUAAAGCUGUCAGCAGAUUUAGCUAUGGCUUCCACCAGAAACAAAACCACUCGCUGGAGCAGGGCCCUUAUUGCCAAUGCUUCAAGAGAUGGCAACAACAACAAAGUCCUCGCAGAACACGUGACAUCAUCACCACAGAGGCCGGUAGCAGGGAAAAGCUUCACAGCAAGGAUCAGAAGCUGCAGAAACAUGUUGAGAAGAAACCGUGCAGUGCACAGCAGAGCAAAGGAUAGGGUGGUGGCGAGUUCCGUUGCGAAGAGGCUGGUUCAGAAGAGAACGCGAAGGCUCAAGAGUCUCUUACCAGGAGGAGAAUCCAUGGACGGUGUGUCUUUGGUUGAAGAAACCCUAGAUUAUAUACAAUCACUGCGAGCUCAAGUUGAAGUAAUGAGAAGUCUUGUCACUGCCUCAGAGAUCAAGAUCCUAAAUCCAUCGGGUGGAGAAAAACAGGCGCUCCCAUAUAUACGUUAAGGCAUUGUACAGAGGUAAACAUAUAUAUUUGUAAGUCAAUCAAAUUAAGGUUUCAUUUUCAUCAUAUGCUCUCCUCGAUUGAUCGGAAGUUAUAGUAUUUAGUUUCACAUAGGAUGUAUAUUUGCGUGUUUAUCUUUGAUUCGUCCACUUUUCUUUUUCUUUUAUCACCGUAGAUUACAUGUGUCAAACAUUAAGUGUAUCAUUAAACCUGUGAGAGGAAAUUGACAAUACAUGAUGUCAAAUGUUUUACAAUAAACAGCAAAUUAAACAAGUUUGCUAAUUAUCUA